CCUGUGUGGGGCCGCGCCCGCCUGUACACUGGCGCCGCGUCUUCAGACGACAUCGCGGGUCAGGCCCUGCUGCAGUUCGCCACCAGGAAGAUCAAGGAGCAGCAGGAGGCCCGGGCGGUGCUCUCGCAUGGCAAGGGCCCGCAGCGCACCGAGGGCGACGGCACCGCCGACGACGGCGGCAAGGGUCAGCUGGGGCGCCCGCCACCGAAGAACACGAAGGGAGGGGUGACGCGGGGUCGGCUUGCCGCCUCGCGCAGUGCCAGGGAGCUGUUCCCGCUGCCGCGCUGGCGCCUGCCUGAGCUGCCCGUGGCCGACUCCGUUCGGAGUAUGGCCCUGCGGCGGCGCGAGAGGCUGGUGUUCAAGAUGGGUAACGAGGCGGUGGGUGCUCUGAACUGGCUUGCUGGCUUUCGGGGCGGACCGGCCCAUUUCGAUCCCGACCCGAUGCAGCUUGAAGUUUUGGAGCGGAUCUGCGAGCUAGCCUCGCGGCGGUACCCGGGUCCUGACGCUCUCAGUGAACGCGCGGCCGUCCGCCGGCUGCUGCGCGGGCAUGCACCGCGCGAUGGGGCGGGAUGCCUCACCCGUGUCGCGCCUUUCAGAAAGGGCCUUGUCUCGUUACCCGAGACAGUGGAGGGCUGCCCGCCGUUUGAGGACGUGGCCCCUCCAGAGGUCCAGCGAUUCCUGAAGGGGCAUCCCGAGCGCAUGCUGCGCGCUGACAGUCCCUCUUCUACCGUGACACCUUACUUCGACCCCGCGCUAAAGCGCAGCGUGAAGACCUACAGACAGUUCAUCAUCGACCUGCGCCGACGCGGCUUGGUCGGCUGGACCACGCGUCCGCGCCGCCAGGUUGGCCUCUUCUUCGUCGAGAAGGACGGAGGUCAGCGGCUCAGGCUCAUCCUUGACGCCAGGCCCGCGAACCUUCUCUUCGAGCCGCCGCCGGGCGUCAGCCUCUUGAGCGCGAAGGGCCUCAGCCGAGUCGAGAUCGCCCUGCCAGAUGGCCUGGGCCCAUGGAGCGAGGAGGCGGAGCGGCCCCUCGGCAGCUAUUCUUUGCACGUGAGCCUGGCCGACGUGAAGGACUGCUUCCGCAGGACGCUGGAGAGGCACGAUCUGGUGAGUCCGCGCUGGGCCGUCUUCCCAAUGGGCUUCACGUGGAGCUUGUGGGCUGCCCAGCGGAUCAACGAGUACCAGGCGAGCUCCAUCUGCCCGCAGCUGCGCGAGGGCCCCCUGGCUGACCGUGGCAGGCCCCCUGUCUUCGGUCCCAGCGUCUCCAAGGGCCACGUUUCGCACUGCGUGUACGUCGACAACCUGGGUGUGGCCUCCACCGACGAGCCCAUCGUCACCGAUGCGAUCGCGCAGCUGGUUGAGGGCUUGGACCAGCGCGGCCUCCUCCUCCACGGCAGCUCCGCGGGCACCGAGGCCCUGAACGGCCUCCUGCGACGCCGCCGUCUCACGGGCUGGGCGGUUGAGGUCCUGGUGGGCCACUGCGCGUUUGCGGGAUUGCUGAGCAGAGGCACGUUGAGCGUAUUCCAUGCGGUCUAUGCUUUCAUGCGGGCGUCUAAUGCCGAACCUAGGAUGCUGUGGCUCGAAGCCCGCCAGGAGCUCGAGACGUUCCGAGGCCUCCUCAUCUUCUUAGAGAGUGACUGGACGCUGCAGUGGAACGAUCUGGUGGUGGCGACCGACAGCAGCCUGGAGGCAGGAGCUGUCUCGACCACCCGUUGGCCCCGAUCGCUGGUGGCCGAGGCGGGCCGCGUGCAGGAGCGCGCCCGCUUCCGGGAGCCCGCGGCGGUCGAGGCCGACGGCGCUGCCGGGGGCGCUCCUGCUGCCCGCCGCGGCGCGCGAAAGGCGGCGCUGGAGGCGGCUGGCUUCUGGCGCGACGCCGAUGGCGAGUGGCGGCUGGCCGAGGGCGCGAUCGACAGCGACGAGCAGGCCGCUGCGUGGGAGGCAGACCCGUCCUUCCCCGAGGUGCCCGCCGCGGGCUUGGCGAGUAGCCGCUGGCGCACCAAGCAGGUGCAGCGCUGGCGAUUCGAGGAGGGCAUCCUUAUUCAGGGGGCCCGAGCACUGGUGAUGGGCGUCCGUCGCAUCGCCCAGUCUGUGUUCGGUGCUGCCUGCCGUCAGCUGAUUCUGUCGGAUAACAUGUCAGUUGUACUGUCUUUCAACAGGAGUCGCGCGAAAGAGUUUGCUCUCCUCGUCCAGGUCCGCAGGCUCACCGCGGCCCAGGGAGCGCAGGACUGGCAGGCCAGGCUGAGCUUGGUCGAGCUGCCGCCAGCGCCCACGCUGCCCGAGCACGAGCGCGACCUCCAAGCCCUCCCCCAGGACUGGUCGCGCCCGAUCGUGGCCGGCAGCGACGACGGCAGCAGCGCCUCCGACGAUCAGCAGGUCGUGCCAGCCGGCGAGAGGCGCGAGAGGGAGCUGCUGAGAAAGGCAGUUCGGAGGCGACGUGCGUACGGCGCGGAGGCGUCACAGGACAGCACGGCGGUGGAGGGCCAGACGUUCCUGGAGAGGCGGUCGGUGUUCGGACCUGCGAGGAACCGCUACACUCAAGAGCUGGAGGCCUUCCUGGAUUUUUGCGAUCAGGGCCCAGCGCGGGCCUUGACCACGGCCUCAGAAGUGGACGAGGCGAUGGUCGACUACAUGAACCUUCUGUUCUUCGAAGGCCACGAGAGCGCCAAGGGCGAUCAGGUGAUGGCAGGCCUCAUGCACAGGUUCCCGGAGUUCUCGAAGCAGGGCGCGCUGCAGAUGGCGGUGUUCCUGCUCACGAUGGCCUCCGGCUACUUCAGGCCCAGUCAUCUGCUGACGCUGACGAGAGGCAACAUCAUCGCGCCUGCGAUGGGAGUGCGCCGCUGGUGGUCGCUGCUGCGGUUUCCAGACGACAAGCCCCAGAGAAGCAAGACAGGACUGUCGGACGUCGGGGUGAUGUUGGACAGCGGAUGGUUUCAGUGUGCCAUGCCCAUCUUCCGAGAGCUCGCCCGAGGGGAUCCCGAAGAAAAGGUGUGGGCGUUCAAUUACCCUCAGUUUCUUGCAGUGUUCAAGAAGUGCGCGGUGGAAUGUUUCAUGCGUCGCAGGUGCGAGGAAAAGGCUAAUUUUAGCGUGGAGAUCGGAGCGGCCGAGCGCUGGCAGACGGCGCUCGGGCCAGCGCUGUGCGACGCGCGUUUGAUCCACG